AUGCCACGUCGAAAACAGUUGUCACCGAUGCAGCGCAUCGACUCAGGAGAGGUCAUGCGACUACCGGCUGGCAACCCACAGUCCACCAGCGUAUACAGCAAUGGCCAUAUCAAUGGCGGCGCAAAAGCACCUACCCUCACCUCGAAGAGAAAUGCACCUCGUGUACCUUCGAAACAAUCACAAGCCCAACCAAGCAUACUCUCCCUGAUAGUCUGUGUUGGAGGGAUCUAUGCCUCCUUCCUGACCUGGGGUCUUCUGCAAGAGCGCAUAAACACUACACCUUACACCCCAGAACCAUCUUCCUUAUUUCCCGCCCACGCAAAGGGAACCGGAGAUGGAGCGGCCGUCGAAUACUUUCGUUACCCUGUUUUCGUUAACACUAUUCAAGCACUCUUUGCUUUCCUUUCCGGAAGUGUCUACCUCUAUGGCUCAACAGGAACAUACAGCCUCCUACCUUCUCGUGCCGCCCUGCCGCCACUAUUACUAGUGAGCCUAACAGCUACCUUGGCGAGCCCAUUUGGCUACGCAAGUCUAGCACAUGUCGACUAUUUGACAUUUGUCCUUGCCAAAUCCUGCAAGUUGUUACCUGUAAUGGCUCUACACAUUACUUUAUUCAACAAGCGCUAUCCACUCAAUAAAUACCUCAUCGUCUUAGCUGUAACAGCUGGAGUGGCAGUCUUCACCCUCUACCACCCUCCCAAAUCGGGCAAAGGACACAGCAACGCAACAAAACUUUCAUACUACGGCCUAAGUCUGCUAGGCAUAAACCUCCUCUUCGACGGCCUAACCAACACAAUUCAAGACCACCUCUUCAGAAGCCCACAGCGCUACGGCUCCAUCAAAGGUCCCCAAAUGAUGGUCUCCACCAAUCUCCUAGGCUUCGUCUUCCAAGUAUCCUACCUCCUCCUCACCCCUUUCAUCCCAACCACCUUCCUCCCCAGCUUCGUCCCCUCCACCGCGACAACAGAAUUCUCCUCUGCGAUAUCAUUCCUUCAGCGCCAUCCAGCCGUCCUCAACGAUAUACUAGGCUUCUGCGCCGCUGGUGCGAUCGGUCAGAUCUUCAUUUACGCGACGCUUGAGCGGUUCAGUAGUCUUGUGCUUGUCACGGUGACAGUGACGAGGAAAAUGUUGACUAUGGUUCUGAGUGUGGUGUGGUAUGGGAAGAGGUUGACGAGUAUGCAGUGGUGGGGUGUCGUUAUGGUGUUUACUGGGGUUGUUGCGGAAGGGGUGUUGAGCCAGAGGGAGAAGCAGAUGAAGGAGAGAGCUAAGAUUAAAAGUCGUUGA